AUGGCGCCCAAUGGCUCAAGCAAGACUCUGGAUGGUUACGGACUGCUGCAAGCAUGGAGGCGGGAUUGCCACAGUUUGACCCGGUGGUCAAACUCUCUUCCUGACGAGGCAAUGGACUUACACUCGCCUCAAGCCUUGGCAUCCCUUUCCCUGUCAUUUGCGCAGUAUGCGAAGCACUCGGCAGCGCACUCCAAAAAAUCGAAGCGUGAGCCUCCAAGACGGCAUGUGAGAAAGGCACAUUCGACGUGCGACCGGCUACUGGCUCGCUUGCUCGUGUUUCUGACGCUGUCAUUCAUCACACUUCAAGCUCAUGGCUUCUAUUGGUUGGCUCUUCCUUGGUUUAAGCUUUCGAAGUGGCCGAAUGUGGCAGCUGAGGGUGCAUUCGGCGUGCUAGUGGUUUCGUUGCUAUCGUUGUUCGCUUGUACAAGUCUGCUGGAUCCUGGAAGCCCGACUGGUGGAGACAAGAGCGCCGAUUGGUGUGAUCGCUGCAAGGCGCAGAAGCCUGAGAGAUGUCAUCACUGCUCCGUUUGCGACCGCUGCAUACUCAAGAUGGACCACCACUGCAUCUUUACAAACUCGUGUGUUGGCUUCCGGAACCAGCCAUACUUCCUGUCCUUUGUUGCUUUGGCGAUGUUUGCCUCUGGCUUCGCUGCGUUGGCUGUCGUGCCUCAGGUUCCAGGUGCUUUGCUUGCAGCGUUCGAUCCCGCACGUAGUCUCUUUGCGCAGCUUUAUGUGAUUCUGCUGGCAGCCUCUGCAUGUGCAAGCUUUGCACUGCUGUGGGAUCUGCUGCUCGCCCAGUUGCAUGGCCUGCUCCGCAAUGAAACCACCAUAGAAAGCAUGCGGAACUGGGCUGAGCGUCGCAGCAGCCCGUAUGAUCGUGGGGUCAUGGAGAACAUCGUGGAGGUCUUUGGACCGCGGGCAUCGGGCUUGCCAAGAUGCAUAGUCAGAUGCAUGGACAGUGUGGACCAGUUUCUGACAAGUGCUGAAUGA